AUGCCCCUCCUGGAGGCACCUGCCGAGUAUCUGGAGUCCUCGCCGGAGCACUCCCUGCAAGCGGAACUUCCCGUGCUGCUGGCGAAUCCCCCUGGGCCGGCGGCAAUGGCCCAACUCCGUUUGCCGCCGCCUGAGGUGCGACUUAAUCAGCAGAAUCCCGCCCAGCAGCAACAGCAGCGGGCACAGAUCAACCGGCGGCAACUGGGACGUCGGAACUCCUUCGACCGGGACGUGGCCGCUGUCGAGGAGACGCAGCACUUUCCGGCAUUCGUGCACCUGCUGCCCGUUGUGUUGCCCCAGCAGGCCCCAGAACCGACUUUGGAUGAGUUGCUGCGCCGUGUUACUCAGCGCACGGACCUGGAGGCCGUGGAGUCGGUGCGCCUGCGCGUGAUCUCCUACACCAUCAGCCUGUCCCGGCUGUCGCUCUUCCUGCCGCGCCUCCAGACCCUUGACCUGAGCGGCAGUGUGUUAAGCUCCCUCCGCGACUUGGGCUAUGGCCUGCUUCAGCUGACCCGGCUGGACAUCAGUAACUGUGGCCUGAACAGCUUCGACGGCACCAGCGGCCUGCCCAGCAUCCGUGUGCUCAUCGCCGACGGGAAUAUGAUUCAGAGGGUUGAUCCCCUGGCCGAGCUAACACACCUCCGGGUGCUUAGAGCUCGUAGCAACCGGAUCAGUGAGCUGGGACUGCUCUCCUUCUUGGGGAUGUGUCCGCAGCUGCAGGAAGUGGAGCUGCAAGGAAAUCCUGUGUGCCGGCUUCCUCUAUACCGUUCUGUGUUGGCCCGCAGUGUGCCCACAUUGCUGCUCUUGGAUGGACGCGCUCUCAACGCUCCUCCAUUGCCAGCAGAAGUCGAGGAGGCUUCUUCGCCGCCCUCCAGCGAUGCUGACAGCUCAGAAUCGGCAUCACGACGGCCCGCCACUGCUCCCGUAGCCGAACGCAAUGUCACCCAGAUUCGACGUCAGGUUUCGGCCAGCUCGGCCUCCACUCCGGUGGCUGGAUCGGUUUUGGGCCUAGUCCGCCAGCGAAGACGUCGCAGUGGCCACGCCUGGGUGAGCUCUUCCUCCAGCGGGUCCAGCGCCUCCUCUUCCGUUUCAUCGGCCUCCUCCACGCGUGCUCCUUCGGUCAGUUCGUGCUCCUCCCACAGCAGCCUGGAUAUGCAGUCCUCCGCCUAUCAGUUCAGUCCGCAAUCCACACUGGAGUAA